AUGGGUCGCAACUUCCAGAAAAAACGGAGACGGCUAGGUGCAAAGCUGAAAGAGAGUAGGAAUGAUAAUGGAGAGUCUCGUGACGAAUGGAAGAACCAUAAACCUUACAAGGAUAUCGUGAAAGAGAACGAGAAGUACUGGAAUUUUUACAAAGCUCAGAAACUUUUUCCUGAAGAAGAAUGGGAUGCAUUUUGUAAUGCACUUCGAACAGAUCUUCCCGUUUCGUUUCGUGUGCAAGGAUGCCACAAGGAUCGAGACCGCUUGAUGCAUGAAAUGGAAACCAAAUUUUUUGAGCCAAUCGCUAAUUCAGAAGAUUCAGACGUGUAUGAGCCAAAGCCUUUGCCAUGGUAUCCUGGCGCUUAUCAAACCAAAAUGACUAGAACAGCUGUAAGGAGUCAUCCAAUUCUUACUCAUCUUCAUAAUUUCCUGGUAACAGAAGCCGAGAUUGGUCACAUAUCGCGACAAGAAGCUGUAAGUAUGAUUCCCCCACUUCUUCUCAAUCCAGAAGAAAAUCAUCUAGUCUUGGAUAUGUGCGCUGCUCCUGGAAGCAAGACAGCACAAUUAAUAGAAAUGAUGCACGAAAACACAAGCAAUCCGAGUGGUAUGCUUAUUGCCAACGAUGUGGAUAAGAAACGUUGUUAUAUGCUUAUUCACCAAACGCUGAAACGUUUCCACACUGCUAGCUGCGCCGUGAUUUGCGAGGAUGCUGCGAGAAUGCCAAUUUUGAAGGGAGAGGUGUGUAUCUAUCUUUUUUCGUACUUCCUACGGCUUUAUUCUGAAAUGCGAUCCUUGCAUAAGUAA